UCGCUGACAAGCACAAUGCUUUAUGCUGUAUUUUUUUAUUGUGUUUUGUAUUAUGCUGACGGGCAAAAUGCUUCGAAAGAAGGAAAUAUCAAAUCCAUCGAUUACCGUUUUCUGAAAGUAAAUUCUGAAUUCAAUGAUAAUAUCACAUCGAAUCGUGUAACAAAUUUUGAUAAUAAGAUUUUCGACAAAUUCCCAUCAACUGGUCAUCAAGCCAAAAAGAAAUUAAAAAACGGUCAUACAUCUGCGACUCCAAUUUAUUUGGACGAAGAAUGGAAUGUGAAGUUGACAGAAAAAAAAGACUCUGUUCCCCCGUUAAUGAUGGAAUUAUUUGAAGCUAUGGAUAAUGGCACAGUACAACUUACAAAAAAAUCAGAAACAAUUAGGUGCUUUUAUGGCACCAAACAUGCGAGAGAAGAAAUACUAUUCUUCAAUGUAUCCAGUAUAAGGACUCAUGAGGAAAUUGUUGAUUCUGAGCUUGUUAUACCAAGCAGUUCAUUUUUAAAUGGUACAAACGGUUUUUACCGCGAUACGAUAAUCAGGCUUUACCAAAUUCUUCCAAAUGUUAAUACCGAUUUCAACAAAACGAUUAAUGCUGAUCAACAUCAACUGCUCACGGUAUCGUAUGUUAAUGUUAUAAAAACAAGCAAUCAGAUUUUUAAAAUGAAACAAGCUGUCAUAAAUUGGGUAAAGGGAGCUCCAAACCUGGGAUUACUUAUCACAGUUAGCGAUAUAAACGACAAUACGCAAUUAUUACGACUAACGAUCAGUGACAAACAAUUAAAAAAUUCAGACCCUUUCUUAAUUUGUUAUUUUAAAGGCAAUAGUCGAAAAGAACUUGCACGUAAUAUCAAUUUGAACAAUGCAGAAAAUAAUAUCAUCGAAACCAAAGGAGACUCCUGUAAUAAAAAGCCGCUUUUUAUAAACUUCGAAGAAAUCGGAUGGAGUAACUUUAUCAUAGAACCUCGUGGCUUUAUGGCAAACAUUUGUUCUGGCACUUGUUCGCUAGGCUCCCCUAAUUUUAUCAACUAUGUAAAAUUGCUUAACGGUUUACGUAUUUUGGAACAUGUAAAUUGCGUUCCAGACCAACUAGAUUUUCUAACACUCAUGUUCUACGAUUCCUCAUAUAAUAUUGUUAUAAAAAAAUACAGAAACAUGAUUGUUCGAACCUGUGUGUGUAAAUAAUUUUGGUAUUGUACGCAAUCGCAUCAAUUAUUAUACAUAUUUAUAAGUUAUAAACCAUUUACUUUUCUAAAUUUAUUAAUGUAUUAUACAAUAAUUACUUAGUU